AUAUUAAGUGUUUUUCAUGCUGACUAUAGUAUCUGAAAGCCAUCACUUAAUCCGUAUCAAACAAGAGGAUUAGAGCUUGAUACCAGGGACUCAAGACUGAAGCGAGAGUGUACAAGUGGAUAUGAUAUUCUGAACACUGGUAAUUCGGUCAAUAACUUUAGAAAGAAGUGAACAGUUGUGAUUUAUUCUGACUAAACAUCAGACUAUCGGACUUGAGAGACAUUUUUGGAAUAAGUAAAAUGGGUGAACUGGCGGAAUAUCGUAUGCAUCAGCAUAUUGCGCAGGAGAUUUACCGGCAGCAGAUCCUGCAGAGACUACCAGAUCCAUAUCCGACCAUGUUGCCGGUCCCACCGCCUUCGAGACACUUUCUGCCGCCGGCAUUCACGUUGACUGGAAUAGAGGCGAAGUUGCAGAACUACGAGUUGUGGAAUAGUUUCUCUCCGCACGGCACCGAAAUGAUCAUCACAAAGAGUGGCAGGCGAAUGUUUCCUUCGGUUAGAGUGACGCUGGCCGGACUCGAGGAGGACGCCAGCUACUGCCUAAUGCUGGAGAUGGUUCCAAUUGGCGACUGUCGGUACAAAUUCAGCGGAUCUCAGUGGGUUCCGGCCGGUGGUGCUGAGCCACAGAGUCCGCAGCGAAUGUACCUUCAUCCUGACAGUCCUGCGCUCGGCUCGCACUGGAACUCACAGCCGGUGUCCUUCAGCAAAGUGAAACUAACCAACAAUACUCUCGACAGCAAUGGACAUAUUGUCCUCACCAGCAUGCAUAAGUACAAGCCUCGGCUGCACGUGAUCCGGACAUCAGAGCCCAGCCAAAUUCCCUGGUCGCCGUCGCAGGUCUUCUUCUUCCCGGACACGGACUUUGUGGCAGUCACGGCAUAUCAGAAUGAUCACAUCACGAAGCUGAAGAUUGACAACAAUCCCUUCGCCAAGGGCUUUCGCGAGACUGGACAGUCGCGCUGCAAGCGCAAAACGACAAACGUGAAUCCGGGCGGCGGAAGCGGCAGCGGAUCUUCAAUCGCCCUCAAGUCCAACGUCUCGCUGAUGGCGACGUCUCUCAAGUCGGCCAAGAGCGACCCAACAAUGGCUCAGAGCGCGAGCACGGCCGAGGAGGCGAGCCGCCAUCCGCCGAAGCGAAAGCGCGCCAACAGCUCGUCCGGCUCCGUCUCGUCCCUGGACGACAGCGGCCUCUCGAUCUGCGGCAGCUCCAGCCGGACAAGCUCACCCUCCACCAACACAGAAGACGCCUCCCCCACACGCUCCAUGGCCCCCACGGCUCCUGGGGCCGAUCUCGAGGCCCUGCGCGGCCUGCCGGCGCCCCCGGAGGCCCUUCUGCAGCACUACAGCGCCGCCGCGGCGGCCCGCUCCAACUGGAUCGACUUCGCGCUGUACUUCUCGCGAGUGUCGGGGCUUCCCUUGGCCCCGUACCAGCACCCAGUGCCCCACCAUCCGCCAACGACCGCCGCCUACGACAUGCUGGGCCCCUACGGGCCGCAGUACCCACCUCUGGCCGCCGCCGGCCCCUUCGGCGGCAACGUGCUGAUGCACCUCGCGGCCGCGCACAAUCUGCGAUCGCCGAGCAGUCCUCACUCGCCGCACGGCGCCGAUUCGGGGCGCAGCGGCGCCAAGAGCAGCUUCACCAUCGACGCCAUCCUCGGCCGCGAGGAGCAGAACUGA